CUUGAGCCUGAAUGGUUGGAUGGUGUGCAGAAAAAUGGGGAAUUAUUUUAUUUAGAAUUGAGUGAAAGCGAAGAAGAAACUCUGCUUCAGAACAGCUGUCCAGAAAUGCCAACAGUGAAUCACGUCAGGUUUCGUGAAAAUGAAGCUGAAGUUAUUCAAGAAGGACCACGAAAAGAAAGGAAGUAUGAGCUGAAGAAAUUGACCAAAAUGUUAAAAAAGAAGAAUCUUUUACCAAAGCAUUCUGGUAAGAAAGGCAGUGAAAGCUGCAACGUGCAUCCCACUGGUCCUACUUCCAUCUUGAAACACCAAUCUGGUCAGAAAAUGGGUGUCACUGUUCAGCAAAAAUACAAAGACGUGUACGUUUAUGUAAACCCCAGAAAACUGCAGAGUGCUGGAGAAAAUGAGCAGUACAGGCUGUUGGAGGCCUUAGUCGGGAUUGUUCAUCAGUCUUUGUGGAGCAGCAGAAGAGCGGAAAAACAAGGCAAGAAGGAUAAAGUCACCAGAGGAAUCAGUGAAGAGAGGCUUGUAGUACAUGGAUUGGUGCCAGGUAGUUCAGCAAUGAAAACAGGUCAAAUCUUGAUUGGAGAUGCGCUAGUUGCUGUAAAUGAUGUUGAUGUGAAUUCUGAAAACAUAGAAAGGGUUCUCUCUUGCAUUCCAGGUCCUAUGCAGGUUAAACUUACAUUUGAAACGUCAAUAUUCGAGCCUGAAGAAACUUCCCAGCAAAGGUAUAAACGGGCACAGUCAAGUAUGAACAACCUGGUUCGGCUUUUGUGGGGAGAAGACAGCAUGAACCAUCAACAGGCUCUGCAAGACGUGCCCCAUAUUGUUAUGUUCCUCACACUGAAACUGGACUCUGAAACAUCUAAGGAUGAGCAAGAAAUCCUUUAUCAGUACCCUGUAUCAGAAGCAUCCCAAAAACUGAAAAGUGUGAGAGGAAUAUUUCUCACGCUGUCUGACAUACUGGAAAGUGUUACUGGUACCCAGAUUAUCAGUUCCUCCCUUUUCUUAUGUGAAAAACUGGUUCAAGUUGUUUACUGGAAAGAAGUUGACAAGUUGCUUGUUAUUGGCCUUCCUGAAGAAAAUGUGCCACUUGCUCAGCUGAGGAACAUGAUUGAAGAUAUUGUCAGGACCUUGAAAUUCAUGUAUGGUUCUUUAGACAGUGCUUUUUGCCAGGUGGAAAAUGUUUCUCGCCUGGAUCAUUUUUUCAACCUGUUCUUCCAGCGGGCACUUCAGCCGGCAAGACUCAAGUCGAAUGCCAGCCCCAGCACUCAACACUAUGAUACUUGCAGUGCGUUGUUCUUAAACAGCCUCCCAGGCUUGCGCUGGCUGACGCUGCCUCAAGAAGUCAAGAUGGAGAUUGACACAGCCCUGAGCGACCUGGAAGCAGCUGACUUUGCAGAGCUG